CGCUUUCUCGUGAAAGGAAGUGACGUUUGAUCAGUAACACGGAAGUGCGGGGGUGCGCGCGCGGGGUAGAUCUGGGCGGUGGCGGGCGGCGUUCGUCACCGGUGGCGGCAGCAGCAGCAGAGCACUAGGAGCGCGCAGAGAACGCACGUGCUGGACAUAGGACAGAGUUGCAGAGAUGGCUGAGCAAGAGCCUACCCACGAGCAGCUGGCCCAGAUUGCAGCUGAAAAUGAGGAAGAUGAGCACUCUGUCAACUACAAGCCCCCAGCUCAAAAGAGCAUCCAGGAAAUCCAGGAGCUGGACAAAGAUGAUGAAAGUCUACGCAAGUAUAAGGAAGCUCUAUUGGGAAACGUUGCCAUCACUGCUGACCCUUCUAGUCCAAAUGUGGUGGUAACAAAAUUGACUUUGGUUUGUGCAACUGCUCCUGGUCCCUUGGAGUUGAAUCUGAGAGGUGAUUUGGAGAGUUUCAAGAAGCAAUCAUUUGUGCUGAAGGAAGGUGUAGAGUACCGGAUAAAAAUCUCUUUUCAGGUAAAGAGGGAGAUUGUUUCAGGGCUCAAGUACAUUCAACACACAUUCAGGAAAGGAGUAAAAAUUGACAAGACUGACUAUAUGGUUGGAAGCUACGGGCCACGGGCUGAGGAAUAUGAGUUCCUAACCCCCCUGGAGGAAGCCCCUAAGGGCAUGCUGGCCCGGGGCACUUACAACAUCCGAUCUAAAUUUACAGAUGAUGAUAAGACGGACCACCUUUCCUGGGAGUGGAACCUGACUAUCAAGAAGGAGUGGAAAGAUUAGCCCUCUCAAUGCCAAGUCCCAAGAGUUGUUCAGACAGUGGCUACAGUAGAAACCCCUCCCUGUACCAAAGUGCUGGCAUUGGACAACCUUCCCUUCCCAUUUUUAGCUCACCAGGAAGAUCUUUUUGGCUCAAAUGCCUUGUAAUGUAUUUCCUCCCAAGAAUCAAUAACAAUGACCAAACCUGCCUUGUGCCUCCCAAGCGUAGAGGCAGAAGUGCUUCUUAUCCCUCUCUGGCCUUGAGUAAGAGGUCUGCUGCUGUCCCAUUUCAAUACAUUUCAGGCAGGUGGUAAAGGGGAAGCAACAUUUCUGUCUGUAGGGGAAAGGAUUGGGAGAACCCCACCCCCCAUGCCAUCUCUGAGCAAAAGGCGAGGUGCCGAGAAGUCAUCAUUCCAUGCAGGCUGGAAACAGUUGGGGCGGCAGGCACCUGCCAGGCUUAGUCAUGUUCAUGGCCUACAUUUUCUCUUUGGGGGAUGUGGGUUGCCUUUCCAUUUGUGAUACUUUUCCUGUAACCAUGAUGCCUUAAUGUUUGUAACAUAACAUGCAUCCUCCAGGGAGGGGCCCAACCUUCUUACCCUUUUUUAUAUGUUUCCUGGUCCCAUUCACGUAUUCCCCUCCUUCCAGUUUGCAUCUUCUAGGCAGAUGAGCCGCCUCCUGAAUUCACGUCUCUCAAGAGUUUAAAGGCGGCUCACAAUAAUAUCCUUCUGGGCUCCCUGUGCCCAGAGAAGCCCUUGCAUCUGAUUUAGGGAGAGGUGACCUGUUGGUAGGUGCAGACAUUUACUAAUACCAUUGCCAUUUCUCUGUUCUGUCACUUCAACUGGGUGCAGAGCACUAAAGUCCUAGGGUAGCAUCCGAUUUUUAGGGCAUUUUCCUAGCUGAGCUGUGCCUCACCUGAUCUGAACAAAGAGCUUGUUAUGGACAAAUAUCCAAGAGCAGAGAAUGCCUUAUGUGUCUGGUCUGCCUUUGAAAUCAUGUGCCUGGCCUGUCAGUAUUUAUUAUUGCCUUGAUUAGAUUAUUUUUCUUCAUGGUGCCCAAACAGUCCAACUGUCCCCAGCAAAAGCCCAUUAAUCUGGCAGUCAGAAGUAGAAAGUCUGCAGAGCUUCUCCUCUGCUUGUCAGGUGGGUGUGUGCCAGCUCAACCACCUUGCUCAGCUGGCUUUUGUGAGUCCCAAAGUUGUACUAGAAUUGGGACCAAAUGAAUGUGUGCGUGAUUCCUUCACUGCUUUCUCUCUGUCCCAAUUCCUCUCCCCUAAGCCUUCCUUAGAGAAGAUUUUUGUUAAAUUGAUUUGUCUAUAUAUCUUAUAUCUGGAUUAACAGAUUUGAAAUCAUUGGCUUCCCCUUUUCUGACUGUAAAAUAAAAUCAUGAAACUGA